UUCCUCGGCCGGGCUUUUGAUGCUUAUCCAUGUGGUGUGUGUGUGUUUGUUCCAGUGAGGUACGGCCGAUUCGACCCCGAGGACCGGCGCAGCAGACACUGCCCGUACCUGGACACUAUUAACAGGAGCGUUCUGGACUUUGACUUUGAGAAGCUGUGCUCCAUCUCGCUCUCGCAUAUAAAUGUCUAUGCUUGUCUGGUGUGUGGGAAGUACUUCCAGGGCCGAGGGCUGAAGUCACACGCUUACAUUCACAGCGUGCAGUUCAGCCACCACGUCUUUCUGAACCUCCACACCCUCAAGUUCUACUGUCUGCCAGAUAACUACGAGAUCAUCGACUCCUCGCUGGAGGACAUCACGUACGUGUUGAAGCCCACUUUCACCAAGCAGCAAAUUGCUAAUCUGGACAAGCAAGCCAAACUGUCUCGGGCGUACGAUGGCACCACCUACCUGCCUGGCAUUGUGGGGCUGAACAACAUCAAGGCCAAUGACUAUGCCAAUGCGGUGCUCCAGGCCCUGUCUAACGUCCCACCUCUGCGGAACUACUUCCUGGAGGAGGAGAACUACAAGAACAUCAAGCGCCCGCCGGGGGACAUCAUGUUCCUGCUCGUGCAGAGGUUUGGAGAGCUGAUGAGGAAGCUGUGGAACCCCCGUAAUUUCAAGGCUCAUGUCUCUCCCCAUGAAAUGCUGCAGGCCGUAGUCCUUUGCAGCAAGAAAACCUUCCAGAUUACCAAGCAAGGCGAUGGCGUUGACUUCCUCUCCUGGUUUCUCAAUGCCCUGCACUCGGCUCUUGGUGGGACGAAGAAGAAGAAAAAGACCAUUGUGACUGACGUGUUCCAGGGCUCCAUGCGGAUCUUCACCAAAAAGCUUCCACACCCUGACCUGCCAGCCGAGGAGAAGGAGCAGUUGCUGCACAAUGAUGAGUACCAGGAGACAAUGGUGGAAUCCACCUUCAUGUACCUGACCCUGGACCUCCCCACGGCCCCACUGUACAAGGACGAGAAGGAGCAGCUGAUCAUCCCCCAGGUGCCACUCUUCAACAUCCUGGCCAAGUUCAAUGGCAUCACAGAGAAGGAGUAUAAAACCUACAAGGAGAAUUUCCUCAAGCGCUUCCAGCUGACCAAGCUGCCUCCCUACCUCAUCUUCUGCAUCAAGAGGUUCACCAAGAACAACUUCUUUGUGGAGAAGAACCCGACCAUUGUCAACUUCCCCAUCACGAACGUGGAUCUGCGGGAGUACCUGUCGGAGGAAGUGCAGGCCGUGCACAAGAACACCACCUACGACCUUAUCGCCAACAUCGUGCACGACGGGAAACCUGCCGAGGGCUCCUACCGGAUCCACGUGCUGCAUCACGGCACAGGCAAGUGGUACGAGCUGCAGGACCUGCAGGUGACCGAUAUCCUGCCCCAGAUGAUAACGCUCUCGGAAGCCUAUAUCCAGAUCUGGAAGAGGCGGGACGAUGACGAGACCAACCAGCAGGGGGCAUGAGACAAGAGCAAGGACCGUUUGGGGAGGUGUCGCUCCCAGCUGGAUGGCACGUCCCCCGCUGCCUGGUGCGAUGCGCAGCCUGUGCCCACCGGAUCCUCUGCCGGGCUCUGCGGGGACGGGGAAUCACCCGGAGCCUGCCAGCUGCUCUCUGGCAGCACACGGACCCCAGCAGGCCUUGGCCUGUUUGCUGGGCAGAGGAAGCCGGUCCUGCCUGUCGCCAGCAGCUGUCUGUCCGGAAAGCUCUCCAGGGACCCUGGUCUGUCCCGAGGUCCCAGCCCAGCUGGCUGGACACUGAGCAGGCCCGGCCUGGCCACAGAGACUAGCGAGGCCUCUCUCCUUGGGCCAGUCCUGCUUCUGCGUGGGCAUUAAAGGAGCUGGGGCCUGUUUUUUAUUCCA